AUGCCGUCCGGCUACGGUCCUCAGCAGGGACAACACCCUCAGCGUCCCCGACGCGGCGCAGUCGACGGUCGAGCAGACCACGUUGCCGACGAGCAGCAAGAGCGCAACUCUACGAGCCCAACGAGGCGCCACCUGCCUGAGCCUGACGGCCACAGCCGUCGCGAGGAGGACCCGAACCGCGAGUUCUCGCACCCCGACAGGCCGCGCCGUUCGAGCCGAGACGCUUCAGACCCGGGCGCGAACGAGCCCCGUCAGCUCGCGGAACAGCUCGACCGGAUUGCCCAGGACGGCGACGAGCUCCAUUCCCGGAGCUCGCUGAGGCGUUCACGGCACCCUGCGCUCGGUCCGGCACCUGCUCAGUACAAGGCGCCGCCGCCAAGCUCGCCGUUCGGCAACUUCUCGUUCGACAAGCGCGACGCGCGCUUUGACACCGACGGCCUCCUCGACGCCCUCGAGGACGGCGAGCCACACGAACGAGCUUCUGAGCGUCGACGGGACGGCCGGUCGCGGUCGCCGAGGACGCGCGACGAGUACAACCCUCGCGAGCGCGACGGGCCGGAGGAAAGUUGCUCUUCGCGCUGCCUUCGACCCCUGCUCGCUCGUACGGACUUGCCCGCUCUCAAGCUCGGACCGAGCGCACCACUCGAGAGGCUCGACGACGCAAGCGCAGCAUGCGCCUCUGUUUCGCUCGGCUCGACCGCUCCGAGUCGCGGCACAGCUGCCACGGCUCCCGGCCAAGCCGAGCUGGGCCAACUACCUCGACGAGCUCCGCUACGUCGCCAAAACGCGCCGCGCGCCGCCUAA